UAAGGUCUGGUGAUGGAGAUGUGACAAAACAGGGUUGAACAAAGGCUGAAAAUGGUGUUUUCUUUCCCUAGGGAUCUUUCCAACAACAAGAUCAGUGGUUUAGAUGUUCAGCUAUUCAGAAGCCUGACUUCGCUGGCAAAGCUAGAUAUAAGCCACAACCAGAUUUCUACAUUAGAAGAUGGAAUAUUUGAUAAUUUAUUUAAUUUAAGUGAAAUAAACUUAAGUUGGAAUCCAUUUGUUUGUGACUGCAAACUGUCCUGGUUGCCCCGCUGGUUGGAAGACAGAAAAGUGAGAGUUCUUGAGGCGUCAGACACGAGAUGUGCCCACCCCCCCGAGGUGGCAAACCUGUCCCUCUUCGACGUCCCGUUCCCCAAUGCCACCUGUGGAGCUCAGUACAUCACGUGUCUGACAAGCAACCACACGGAAGGGGCUGAACUUGUCGUCCUCUUCACGUCUGUCCACGCCAGGAACCUCAGCGAGGAGACCUGCAGUGCCCUGUGCUACGCCCAAGACCAGGAGUACGGAGGUUUCAGCUCCCUGGGGCAGUGUCUGUGUGGAACUGCCCAUGAAACAAACUCUUCCUCUGGCUGUUUGCCAUUUUGCACUGAGCAUUUGUCCGGGCAGGGCUGUGGUGGCCCGUCACUCGUCCCCUCGCCCUUCCAGGCACAGCUGCCUGUGUCUUUCACAGGACUCCAGCCCCGGUACAGCCUACACCAGGCUGUGCUCUUCAAUGUCAGUAUUCCCAUCGCUGUCAGCACUUUACUGUGGGAAUUUGGGGACCAGACAGAGGUUCUCAACACCACUGGAAAUGCAGCUGUGCACACGUAUGCCUUACCCGGGCGGUACAAUGUCACUGCCACCAUCCUGGUGGGCACCAAGGUCUUGUACGAGCAGGCAGAAGUUGAGGUGGUGGCUUCACCCCAACAGCUGGAGCUGCAGUGUCCUUCCUUGGUCAAGACGAAUGAGAGUCUGGACAUCCAGAUCCGCAACAGAGGCGGCACCGGCCUCGUGGUGCUGUACGGGAUCACACAGGCUGGAGAGCUGGGCAGGGCAGUUCACCCCAUGUGCCCCCCCGAUGGCUUGGUGUUCCCGGGCAAUAACCACUGCUACCAGCUGGUGGUGGAGAAGGCGGAGUGGCUGGAGGCCCAGCGGCACUGCCAGGAGCACGACAAUGGAGAGCUGGCUUUUGUCAGCAGCCCCGAGAUCCAGAGCUUCUUGGUUGCUCGUGUCAUCAGCCAGCCCAGCUAUGAACUCCACCAGCAAUUUCUCUUUACAGUACCAGCUGGCCCCUCUUCCCAGUAUCAGGUCUCAUUCAGAAAAGAAAAUAUCUUUGUCAGGGCUGGGGAUGUCUUCAGCAUCCAGCACAAUGCAGGCUCAGGCUCCUUCCUGCGGUGCCAGCCCAGUGCCACAUCCCCAUCCAGAGCCAACGUGCUCCGUGUGAACUCCUCCGAGUGGGCGCUGGGCCCGUCCGAGGGCUCCGUGGGCCCCCCCCGGGUGAACAGCACCGUGUGCUCGCUGCGUGUCCGCUAUGCCGAGGAGCAGCUGGUCCCGGUGCUCAGCCCCCACAACGCGGGGCUGGACCAGCCUGGUCUCUACACGGUCAGAGCCAGCGUGGACAGCGGGGUCUUCAGCGCCAACCUGUCCUGCAGCUUCCGGGUGGCCUCACGGGUGUCAGGCCUGCGUGUCAUCCACCCCGCUCCCCAGGGCAGCAGGGUCUACCUGCCCACCAACCACACCACCCUGGUGCUCAAACUGUCCUCGGGGGUGAACGCCACGGCCACCUGGCUGGGGGACAACCACAGCGUGCCCUUCACGGGGGCCUGCCCGGCGGCCGUGGCACCGCUCACGGCGCAGUGUGCCAGGGACAACAACGACACCUGGUUCGCUGUGGUGCAGCUGAGCGGCCUCAGGGAGGGGCUCAGCACCCACGUGCUGGUGGCGGAGAACGAAGUGAGCUCCCAGAACAUCACGGUCACGGUGAAGGUGGAGGAGCCGAUCCGCGGGCUGAGGGCCACCCCCGACCCCGAGAGCAGGGUCCUGCUGAACACACGGGUGAGCUACAUCCCUGUGAUGGAGGCUGGGUCAGAUGUGACUUUCCGAUGGACAGUAGAUGAUAAGCCAUCUUUCACUUUUUACAAUGUUGUCUUCAACGUUAUCUACCAAAGCCCAGCCGUGUACAAGCUUUCGCUCACCGCCUCCAACCACGUCAGCAACUUCACGGUCAAUUACAACGUCACGGUGGAGAUGAUGAAUAAGAUGAAGAACCUGACAGUGGUGGGUGUCCUGCCAGUCCUGCCCCAGAACAGCACCGUGGAGCUCACGGCGAGGGUGCACGUUGAUUCGGCUGUGGAGGCUCUGUUCCUGUGGGAUUUUGGAGAUGGUGUCCAGGAGACAUACCUGUUCAAACCUCCCUACAACAAGUCUUUCCUUGUUCCUGAUCCCAGUGUCCAUGAGGUUGUCAUUGAGCACAAUGUUUCACACAUCUACCAAGACCCAGGAGAAUAUGCCCUGAUGGUUGUCGUGUCCAACCAGUUCGAGAACCUCACACACUUGACCCCAGUUCACGUCCACAGUUACCUGGUUGACGUGAAGGUGGAAGCAGAGGAGGAAGUUUUAGUCGUGAGCCGCCCGGUGACCUUCCGAGCCCAUCCCCUGCCAUCCCCCUAUGGUGUCGUGUACACCUGGGACUUCGGGGACAGGUCCCCCCUGCUCACAGAGUUCCAGCCUACAGUGACCCACAGCUACGCCCAGAGAGGGGUGUACAACGUCACCGUGACAGCCAACAACACCGUGAGCAGUGUGGAGACAGUGGAGUGCUACCAGGUGUUUGAGGAGAUCACUGGGCUCCGUGUUUCCGCGGGCGAGGCAGCAGAGCUGGGAGCGUCUGUCACCAUCAACGCCUCCGUGCAGACCGGGGACAGCAUCACCUGGGUGUUCGACCUGGGGGACGGGACGGUGCUGAGGAGUCAGGAGCCAGUGGUAGAACACGUGUACAUAAAGGACAUCAACUGCACUGUGAAUGUGACUGCUGUGAAUCCCGUGAACUCCAUCUCCCAGGCUGUUCCUGUUCGGAUAUUUGUCCUGGAAGUGCUCAAAAUAGAGCCAGCUUCUUGCAUCCUGGAGCACCCGGACGUGCAGCUCACCGCGUACGUGACGGGGAAUCCUGAGGAGUACAUCUUUGACUGGACUUUUGGAGAUGGCUCCUCUAAUGUCACAGUCAGGGGGGACCCUGGGGUGAGGCACAACUUCACCCGAAGCGGGACGUUCCUGCUCUCCCUGACUCUCUCCAGCAGGUUUAACAAGGCUCACUAUUUCACCAGUGUCUGUGUGGAGCCAGAGAUAGUCAAUGUCACCCUUCUCCCUUCCAAGCACUUUGUGAGGCUUGGGGAAGAGAGUACCUUCCAGGUCAGUGCCGUGCCUCCCUACCAGUACCGCUACCGCUGGGAUUUCGGGAACAACGAGUCCGCCAGAUCGAGUGGGACCGAGGUGACCUACACCUACAAGAACACAGGGGUCUUCCUGGUCACAGUGACUGUCUCCAACAACGUCUCUUUCAACAACGACACAGCAUUUGUGGAAGUCCAGGAACCAGUUGGGGUAGCGAAGAUUGAAUAUAAUGGGACAGAUGUUUUGGAGCUGAACCAGAUCUACCUGUUCUCUGCCAGCAUGAAUGGAACCAAAGUGAGUUACUGCUGGGACUUUGGAGAUGGCACUACCCAGCCUGGGCAAGUCGCCACCCACUCCUACAACAGCACGGGCCGUUACAGCAUUACCGUGAUGGGCCAGAACGACGUGAGCUCUAACGAGACCACCAUCGACGUCACCGUGAAACGUCGCCUCUUUGGCCUCACCAUCAAUGCCAGCAGGACAGUGGUGCCACUGAAUGGGUCGGUGAGUUUUGUAGCCACCCUCGUGGCUGGCACUGCCAUCCGCUACUCGUGGAUCCUCUGCGAUCGGUGCACUCCUAUCCAAGGCUCCUCCACAAUUUCCUACACCUUCCGGUCCGUGGGCACGUUCAACGUCAUUGUGACAGCAGAGAACAAGAUCAGCUCGUUGCAGGACAGCAUCUACGUCUACGUCCUGGAGCAGAUUGAGGGCCUGCAGGUGGCCAGCGGUGACCUGGUGGAGGACAUGUAUUUCCCAACAAACAAAACACUCCAUUUGCAGGCCGUGGUGAGAGAGGGAACAAACAUCUCCUACAGCUGGGUAGUCCAGCGGGAUGGCAAUGCUGUGCAGACCUCCUCUGGGAAAACUUUCUCCUUUAGCGUCCCUGAAGCUGGGAACUACACUGUCUAUCUGAAGGCCACCAAUAUGCUGGGAUGUGCCACUGUUAACAGGACACUGGAGUUUGUUGAAAGCCUUGGUCUCCUAAAGCCCUACGCCUUCCCCAACCCAGCUGCUAUUAAUGCCUCUGUUAACAUAAGUGCCACCAUAACCAGUGGCACUGGCAUCACGUACGUGUGGUACCUCGAGGAUGGCUCCUCUCCUGUUACUUCUGAACCCUUCAUUAUACACUCCUUCCAAAGCCCUGGGGUCAUCGAGGUCAUCGUCGGAGCAGAAAACAAGCUGAAUUCAACCAAUUCAACAAUUUCUAUCUGUGUAGAGGAGGUUAUAGAGGGGCUGAGUAUAGGGACAGCAGAGCUGGACUGUAGGUAUGUCUCAUCAGGCUCCACGGUGGUCUUUGAGGGGGAGCUGCAGAAAGGGACUGAAGUGACCUGGCUUUGGGAGGUGCCCAAUGGCACCUUGACUGGCCAGUCUGUGGCAGUCACAUUCCCUACAGCGGGGCUUUAUACAGUCCAUCUGAACGCAUCCAACGACAUCAGCUGGGCUCUGGCCAGCAGGAAUAUCUCAGUGCUGGACAGGAUCCAAGGUCUGGAAGUUCUCGCCAGCAAGAAGGUGGUGGAGCCAGGGGAGCAGGUCACCUUUGUGAUCAGGAUGUUGUCAGGUACCUCUGUGAGUUACCUGGUGAGCAUAAGCGGGGACUACUCUGUGGUGCUCAACGGGUCCAGGUACACCCAUGAGUUCACCAAGAGCGGUGAUUACCUGGUGACUGUGACUGUGCAGAACCAGAUCAGCAUCGCACACGCCCAGGUGCUCAUCUCUGUCCUGGAGGCCAUCCGGGAUGUCAGGCUCCUGAACUGCUGUGAGGAGGGCAUCCCCACAGGCACAGAGAAGAGCCUCAGUGCCCGCGUGGGGAGCGGCUCCCGUGUGUCCUUCUCCUGGCGGUUCUCCCUGUGGAAAGAGCAAGGUCGGUCUGUGGUCACUGUGUCAGGAGAGAGUGUUUCCUACACUCCAGAAGCUGCAGGGCUGCUUGAGAUUCACCUCAGUGCCUUCAAUGACUUGGGAAGUGUCAAUAUCACCAGAACCAUCCAGGUCCAAGACCCGAUAGUCCAGGUCUCCCUCUCUGCCUCCAAUGCCUUUGUCAACAGGACGGCGCUGUUCGAAGCCACGGUGGUGCCCAGCAGCAGGAGCGUUGAGUUCUUGUGGAGCUUUGGGGAUGGUUCUUCCACUCAAACAACCAGGGUUGCAGUGGCCAACUAUUCCUACCUGAGUCCCGGGGAUUACCUGGUGGAGGUGAAUGCCACCAAUCUCAUCAGCUUCUUCAUAGCCCAGCUCACUGUCACCGUCAAAGUCCUGGAGUGCGAGGAGCCGGAGGUGGAGUUGGCCUUGCCCCCCCAGGUAGUCAUGAAGCGAUCCCAGAGGAACUAUCUGGAGGCACAGAUUGACCUCCGAGGGUGCAUCAAGUACCAGACAGAGCACCUGUGGGAGAUCUACCGAGCACCCAGCUGCAUGGACCUGGAUGACUCCAGCAGGAUCCGGCUGCCGAACGUUGACGUGAACAGGCCCCAGCUGGUUAUCCCAAAGCUCGCCCUGCACGUUGGGAACUAUUGCUUCAUGUUUAUUGUCUCCUUUGGAGAUACCCCCCUGUCCAAAAGCAUCUUUGCCAAUGUGACUGUGAUCCCAAGUAAGCUGGUCCCAAUCAUUGAUGGGGGGUCAUACCGUGUAUGGUCCAACACUCAGGACUUAAUCUUGGACGGGGAGAAGUCCUACGACCCGAACUUGGAUGACGGCGAACAGACCCCACUGUUGUACGAGUGGUCCUGUACGUACUCCUCCAAGCAGAGCUCGGCUGCAGGGUGCUCUCUGAAUUUCAGUGCCAGUGAAGGAAUUGUCACAAUUCCCAAAGCUGAAUUAGAAGCAGAUGUGGCGUACACGUUCGACCUCACCGUCAGGAAGGGGGACAUGAGUCCUGAGGCCACCAACCAAACCGUGUUCAUCAAAAGGGGAGGAGUCCCUAUCGUGUCCCUGGAGUGUGUUUCCUGCAAGGCUCAGUCUGUCUACGAAGUCAGCAAGAGCUCCUACGUCUACCUGGAGGGGACCUGCCAGAACUGUCACAACGACUCCAAGCUUGGGAGAUGGGCAGCACACAGCUUUAAGAACAGGUCUCUCAUCCUGGACAAAACGACGACCUCCACUGGGGACACGGGGAUGAACCUGGUGCUGAGGCCGGGGGCACUGAAGGAUGGCGAGGGCUACACCUUCACCCUGCACAUCACAGACCUCACCACGGGGGAGGAGGGCUUCGCCUCCAUCGACCUGCUCCCCAACCAGCCCCCCAAGGGGGGAGAGUGCUUCCUGUCUCCCCAAGGACCCCUCAGGGCGCUCAUGACCAAGGUGCACUUUGAGUGUGCAGGCUGGCGGGACACGGAGGACGCGGAGGCCCCGCUGGUGUACAUCCUGCUGGCCUCGCGCCGCCGCCGCGGCCACUUCCACGAGUUCUGCCUCUACAAGGGCAGCCGGGCCGAGCACGGCGCCUUCCUGCCCCCCGGCUUCCACGAGAGCGGCUUCCAGGUGUCCGUGUCCGUCCUCGUGCAGGACCAGCUGGGAGCCACCGUGGUGGCCAUUAACAGCUCCAUGGAAAUUGGCUUACCUGAGGGCUUUCCCAGCCUUUCUCACUGGCUCUACAACCAAACUGACACUGUGCUCCAGGGAUUGGUGAAACAAGGGGACCCUCAGCAGGUCAUUGAGUACUCCCUGGCCCUCAUCACCAUCUUAAAUGAGUAUGAGAGAUCCAUGCUUCUGGAACCUGAGGCUGGGAAUGAAUUUGAGCUCCGGACCUGGACUCGCAACAACAUCACGGAGACCCUGAACUCUCUGAAGGUGAACACUGUUGAUGACAUCCAGCAGAUCUCGGCGGCCCUGGCGCAGUGCACGGUGGCGAGCAAGGAGCUGGUGUGCAAGUCAUGCCUGACAAGGACCUUGAACAAGCUGGAGACCAUGAUGACCAUUCUGCAGGGGGAAACAACCCAGGGCACUGUGACUCCAACUGGCAUUGCUGACAACAUCCUCAACAUCACAGGUGACCUAAUCCACCUUGUCAAUACGGUUUCACAAGAAUCCAAGCCCCAGGAGCUGCUUGCUGAUUCCCACAACUUGCUGCUGGCUCCCAAAGCCUACAACCUGUCCUCCAGCCUGAUGCGCAUCCUCAUGAAGUCCCGAGUGCUGAACGAAGAGCCCCUUGAGCUGGUGGGAGGAGAAAUUAAGGCCACAGGCAAGAGGUCUGACCCCUUUAACUUGCUUUGCUACGAAAACACACCAAACUGCCAGUUCUCCAUCCCCCAGGCCUUCAACUCCACCCUUUCCAACCUGACGGAUGUCAUUCAAGUCAUGUUCCAAGUGGACUCCAAUCCUUUCCCUUUUGGUUACAUCAGCAACUACACUGUGUCCACCAAGGUGGCCUCCAUGGAGUUCCAGACACACAAUGGGGUGCAGAUCCCCAUCGGGAGCCUGGACUCAGAGAAAGCCAUCACUGUGAUGGUGUCAAACAACACAGAUCCCGACAACCUCGCUGCUGGCACGGAAGUCAUCGAGCCAAGGACGUCUGUGAACCUGAUUGUGAACAUGGAGAGCAACAACAGAGAAGCAGGACUGCAUUUCCAGCUCACCUACAGAGUCCUCAAUGAUCACUACCUUGCCAGCGAGCCCGAGCCGUUCAUCAUGGCCUAUCUCCAUCACGAGCCCCAGCCCAACGAGCACAACUGCACUGCCUCCAAGAAAAUUGGCCUGGAUGCCCUGGCUGGAAGUGACCACAAACUCUACACCUUCUUCACCUCACCCAGAACGGAUGAUCCCAUCCAGAGAUACUACCUGAACAUCACCAACCACUUCAGCUGGUCUCCGGUGGAGGUGACGCUGGGGCUCUACACGUCCCUGUGCCAGUACUUCAGCGAGCGGGAGAAACGCUGGAAAACAGAAGGAAUUGUCCCCCUGGAGGAGACCAGGCCAGACCAGGCCGUGUGCUUAACCCAGCACCUCACCGCCUUUGGGGCCAGCCUGUUUGUGCCCCCAAACUCUGUCCAGUUCAUCUUCCCUGCCCCGGGCCCGGGCCUGAACUACAUCGUCCUGCUGACGUGUGCCGUGUGCUUCGUGACCUACUCGGUGGCUGCGCUGAUCGUGCACAAGCUGGACAUGAUCGACCUGCACCGGGUGGGAGUGAUUCCCUUCUGCGGGAAGAACGGGAUGUACAAAUACGAGAUCCUGGUGAAGACGGGCUGGGGCAGAGGAUCAGGUACCACGGCCCACGUGGGGAUCGCCCUGUACGGGGUGGACAACAAGAGUGGUCACAGACACCUGGAUGGGGACAACGCCUUCCACCGCAACAGCCUGGACGUGUUCCAGAUCGCCACGGAGCGCAGCCUCGGCAGCAUCUGGCGCAUCCGCAUCUGGCACGACAACAAAGGACUCAGCCCCUCCUGGUACCUGCAGCACGUCAUCGUGCGGGACCUGCAGAGCAGCAAGAGCUACUUCUUCCUGGUGAACGACUGGCUGUCGGUGGAGAGCGAGGACAACGAUGGCAUGGUGGAGAAGGAGGUGUUUGCUGCCAGUGAGACGGAGCUGAGGAGCUUCUCGCGGAUCUUCGUGGCGGAGCUGCAGCGAGGCUUCUUCGAGAAGCACGUGUGGCUGUCGCUGUGGGACCGCCCGCCCCGCAGCCGCUUCACCCGCGUCCAGAGGGCCACCUGCUGCUCCCUCCUCAUCUUCCUCUUCCUCUGCGCCAACGCCGUGUGGUACGGCGUGGUGGGCAACGUCCACCUCAGCAAUGUGGCCGUUUCCAACCUGAUCCCUGUGAGUGUGGACACAGUGGCUGUUGGUCUGGUGUCCAGCGUGGUGGUUUAUCCCCUCUACCUGGUCAUUUUAUUUCUCUUCAGGAUGGCUCGUGGCAAGGUCUCCAUCAGCCACACAGUGACUCACUCAGACCAGCAGUCCUUGGAGAUUGACAACUACCUGGACUCCUCAAUCCUAGACAGCUCCUUCCCCACCUUCCCCGGGCUGCAGGCAGAGGCCUUCUCUGAGCAAACCAAAACAGAUCUGUUCUUGGAGGACUCCAAAAGCCUGGUGCGAUGGCCCUCCAGUGAGGCCCUGCUCAGCUGGCCAGACCUCCUCAGUGACCCCUCCAUCAUGGGCAACACCAUCCAGAAGCUGAAGAGAGGCCAGGCCAGCCGCCACCUCGGGCUUGAGGCCCCACUGGCCACCGAGGAGGACAGUUUGUCCCUUGGCAUUCACCAGGGACAGCCUCGGUACUUCUCUGCCUCAGACGAGGAUCUGAUCCGGCAGAUCCUGGCGGAUGGAGCCAGCGGCAUCUCCCACUCCCAGGACCUGGGGCCGUACAUGAGGGCUGAAACAGAUCUGAUCUCAGGCCUGUCCAGCGUGUUCGGGGAGAAGGUGGAGACUGUCAUGAUGCAGAAGCUGAACGACAAAGGGCAGAGCAUGGCAGCUCCUCCCAGGGAAGUGAGCAGAUCAGCCAAGUCCACGUGGACAGUUGCAGACCAAACAUUCAGGAAACGCUUGCUCCCACCCUGGUGCUCCUACCUGGCUCAUGGCAUCAGCCUCCUGCUCUUCGCCACCUCCACGGGGGUCUCCGUGUGGAUCGGGGUGGGCUUUUCCUCCAGCGUGGCCCUCAUGUGGCUCAUCUCAGGGAUAUUCAGCUUUCUGGCAUCCUUCCUGGUCUGGGAGCCCCUGAAGGUGCUGCUGGAAGCCCUGUAUUUCUCCCUGGUUGCCAAGCGCCUGCACCCCGAGGAGGACGACACGCUGGUGGAGCAGCCCUGCGUGGAACACGUGUCGGAGAAGAUCAGCAAAGUGCGGCCCCCGCAGGGCUUCGCCCUCUUCCAGGCCAAGGAGGAGGCCAGGAAGGUCAAACUGCUGCACAGGAUGCUGAAGAAUUUCCUCAUCUACAUGAUGUUCUUGCUGGUGAUCCUGCUCACCAACUAUGGGGACACGUCCCGAACCAGCCGGGCCUUCCUCCUGCAGAGCUCCAUCAAGCAGCAGCUGGGCAGCAACGAAUUCCUCCUCAUCAAGAGGUCGGAUCAGUUCUGGCUCUGGAUGUCGCGGGUGUUCCUCCCGUACCUGCACAACAACGGGUCGGGCCAGGAGAGCCACAGCACCACGCUGGGCACGGCCCGGCUGCGCCAGCUCCGCCUGCAGGAGGCCAAGUGUCAUGCCCAGGACAUCCUGCCCGGCGUGGGCAGGGCCCAGAGGAGCUGCACUGACCAGCACAGCUUUGCCACCGCUGACUAUGGCACAGGCUGGGAGAGGGCAGCGGGGAACGUGACGGCGGCGUGGGCCCACUCCCCACCUGACCUGGCAGGGAUCUGGUACUGGGGUUACCUCUCCUUCUACGACAGCAGCGGGUACGUGCAGGAGCUGGGCCCUUCACUGGAGGAGAGCCGGGCCCAGCUGGACUUCCUGCAGCAGCACACGUGGAUCGACAACAUGAGCCGGGCAGUGUUUGUGGAGCUGCUGCAGUACAACCCCAGCGUGGACCUGCACGUGGCCAUCACCCUGCGCCUGGAAUUCCCGGGAUCCGGCCAGGCCAUCGCCGCCCUCACCAUCAGCCCCUUCCCGCUGCUGCGGCUCAGCGGGGGGGUCACCCUGCAGCUGCUCAUGAUGGUCUUCCUCAUGAUGUUUGUGGUUUACUUCGUGGUGUCGGAGUCGCUGUCCAUCAAGAAAGAAGGCAGAGCCUACUUCACCCAGUGGGGCAACUACGGCCAGUGGCUCUUCAUCCUGCUCACCACGAGCACUGUGGUGGUUCACCUCAGCCAGGCCACCCUCGCUGACCAGCAGUGGCUCAAGUACCUCAACAACCGCAGGGGCUUCACCAACUUCUACCAGGUGGCCUUUCUCAGCUCCGUGUUCAGCAGCCUGGCCGCGUCCCUGCUCUUCCUCCUGACUGUGCAGGCUGCCCAGCAGCUGCGCUUCGUCAGGCAGUGGUCAGUGUUUGGGAAGACCUUCCAGAAGUCGGCCAAGGAGCUCACAGCUGCAGGGGUGGCCUUCGCCCUCCUCCUCCUGGCCUACGCCCAGCUCGGCUUCCUGCUCUUCUCCUCCUCCACCGAGUCGUUCCGCACCGUGGGCAGCAGCCUCCUGCUGCUGCUGGCCCUGCUCCGGGGCAGCGGGAGCCUCCGGCCCUGCCUGCCCGAGGCCUCGGGCCUCUACUGCCUCUUCUGCACCAGCUACAUCGUCCUGGAGGUGUGGAUCGUGCUGAGGCUGCUCACGGUGGUGCUGAUCCACAGCUACCGCGAGAUGCACUUUGAGCUGUACCGACCUGCCUUCGAGCCCCAGGACUACGAGAUGGUGGAGCUGUUCGUGCGCAGGCUCAAGAUGUGGAUGGGCUUCAGCAAAGCCAAGGAGUUCCGGCACAAGGUGAGGUUCGAAGGGAUGGAGCCGCUGCCCUCCCGCGACUCCAGUGACUCCAAGUCCUUCCGGGGCCCCACUCCCAGCGCUGCCUCCGACAGCUCCAGGGCCUCCACGUCCUCCAGCCAGCUGGACGGGCUGAGCCUCGUGCUGAGCACCCGGGACAGCCUGGAAGUGGACGCCGACAUCCAGCGCCUCCUUUCCCUCUUCGAGAUGCUGCUGGCCCAGUUCGACCGCGUCAACCAGGUGACGGAGGACGUGUCCCGCAUCGAGCUGCUCCUGGAGGGCUCCCGGGGCCGCUCCCGGAGGAGACCCCGCGGCCCCGAGGACGGGCUGGGCAGGGGCUGUUUGGGCGGCUCGGAGCGGGGACCCUCCCCCGAGGUGUCGGACACGGACGUGCAGCCCCCGCGGUCCCCGCGCGGUGCCGGGGCCGUGCCGGGCGGCCGGGGCUCGGUGCCCAGCCGGCUCCUGCGGGCGAGCCGGGGCGUCAGCGCGGUGGCCCCGGGCAAACCCUGCGCUGUGGCCGCGCCGGCCGUCAGGAGGAAGCGGCCCCUCCGCGCCAAGAACAGGGUGCACCCCACGGUCAAGUAACCGCGCGUGGGUUAUGGGUGCGGGAGCGAUGCCCUGGCGGGGCACAGGGAGGGUUCGCCAGGGUGGGCUGUGCCCGCCCUGCAGCCUCGGGAGCUGCCCCGCGGCUGGGCCGGCCGGGGCACACGGGGCUCUCCCCCACGCCGCUGGCACGGCCACCAGCCUUCCUGGACCCCCGGGGGCGUUCCAGUGUUACAGAGCGGGGAGAAGGCCGAGCCUUUCCCCUGGGGCCGGGCAGGUGCAGGAGAUCCCCGUUGGAGCGGGGGCCGGGGUGGGUGUUAAGUGGCCCCAGCUGCGGGUGGUGACGGGGGUGGGCACUGGGCGAGUGGGGCGAAGCUCAGCCCCUUCCCUGCUGGCUGUGCCGGAUGGGAAAGGACAGGAGAGCCCCAGGCCUCAAAGGUUUGAACCAAGUCUUGGAUUUUUGUCGACCAGACACACUGUGGAGGAAAGCAACAGCUUUCGAGAAGGUAUUUAACCCACCUUGUUUUUUAAGCAUAAAUAGAUAUAUAGAUAAAUGCUAUCUACGGCCAGAUCAGUUAAUUUCCAGUAUUGGCUACUUUUAUCCUCCAGAAAUUGGUACUAUUAUUUGUAUUUAAAGAAAUCCAAUAUUUAAAACAAAGGACAUUGCAAGCUCCAGCGAGCCUGGCCAGGCUGGGGGGGACAGGGAGCAGCAGCUCAGCCCGAGGGCUUUGAGACCCUGGGGCUGCUCCAGCCUCCUCCAAUUUGGGGUUCCCAAGGUGCUGGUGUCACCAUGGUCCCCACCCAUCCCUGUCCCCCCACCAUGGCCCCUGGGCACCCCUGGCUGCUUGGCUUCUCUAACCCAAGGAAUGUAUUGCCCUAAGUAUAUGUAUUUUUUUGGUUUACUUGUUCCUAUGUACUGCCCAGCACUUUAAACAAGGCUUUCCUCGGCUACAGUGACACGUGCAAGCUAAGAACGGGAUAAUAUAUCACAAAAGCAGUAUUUUGUUUGUUUAAAUCAUAAACUGAAAUGGGCAGUGAGGAGGCGAGCGCAGCCCCUGCUCAGGCAGCACCUUCCCUACAGCACAAAGGAGCUCCUGAGGGAGGUUUUUCGGGGUCCCUGCAGCCCUGCCCCCCGGGACUGGCCGUGUGCUGGGCUACAGCUGCUGGGCUACAGCUGGGCUGUGCCACGGGGCACCCCCAGCUCACAGCACGGGGGUGCAGAGCAGGGCCUGGGCCCCCCACGGGGUCUGCGUUCCCCUCCUCAGCCCCAUUUCACCUUAUGGCUAUUGUAAGUAAUUUAUAUGGGGUGUGUUUGGUUUUUAAAUGUAUAUAUUUUUGUAUGUUUGCUAUAUUUUCAUAGCAUCGGUACCGUG